AUGAUUGAUAACAAACAGAUGAACAGCAGCAUCUUCCUGAUAUCUACUCAAAAAAAUGCGGUUGCCAGCUUGCCCGCCAAGCACGACCAUAUUGCCAGCUUGCCCGCCAAGCACGACCAUAUUGCCAGCUUGCCCGCCAAGCACGACCAUAUUGCCAGCUUGCCCGCCAAGCAACGACCAUUUCGCUUGCCCGCCAAGCACGACCAUAUUGCCAGCUUGCCCGCCAAGCACGACCAUAUUGCCAGCUUGCCCGCCAAGCACGACCAUAUUGCCAGCUUGCCCACCAAGCACGACCAUAUUGCCAGCUUGCCCGCCAAGCACGACCAUAUUGCCAGCUUGCCCGCCAAGCACGACCAUAUUGCCAGCUUGCCCGCCAAGCACGACCAUAUUGCCAGCUUGCCCGCCAAGCACGACCAUAUUGCCAGCUUGCCCGCCAAGCACGACCAUAUUGCCAGCUUGCCCGCCAAGCACGACCAUAUUGCCAGCUUGCCCGCCAAGCACGACCAUAUUGCCAGCUUGCCCGCCAAGCACGACCAUAUUGCCAGCUUGCCCGCCAAGCACGACCAUAUUGCCAGCUUGCCCGCCAAGCACGACCAUAUUGCCAGUUUGCCCGCCAAGCACGACCAUAUUGCCAGCUUGCCCGCCAAGCACGACCAUAUUGCCAGCUUGCCCGCCAAGCACGACCAUAUUGCCAGCUUGCCCGCCAAGCACGACCAUAUUGCCAGCUUGCCCGCCAAGCACGACCAUAUUGCCAGCUUGCCCGCCAAGCACGACCAUAUUGCCAGCUUGCCCGCCAAGCACGACCAUAUUGCCAGCUUGCCCGCCAAGCACGACCAUAUUGACAGAUGUCCCGCUCAUGAAGCAACCAACAGCGAGGCCUAUGUUCAGCAGUAG